AUGGCUGGUACAUCAUUCAGCGUGCCACAAAUCAGUCAGGCCGACAUGACCACAUUUCACGACACACAUUUCUCCCAGCUCGCGACAAACAAUUUCCAAGCCCACUUCCUCCGCCCCGACCAUCCGUCACACGACACCACAUACCAUGUCACAGAAACUAACACUCACAUCACCGACGACGGGGAAUACUACGAAGAGGAGGAUGAUGGGCUCGGCUACUACCCCGACGGCGUCAAACGAACCCUGACAGACGAACAAAUCGCCAUCUUCCGACACUCCGAACUCGAAGCUCUGCGCCGCACCCGGGAAUCUUCCGAGACCAAGAAAAACACUACAAAAAACACGGCUCAGGAAGAUGCGGCGCACGAGCACGAGUCGGAGGAGGAAGGCGAAGUCUCGUCACCGACGCCGUCUGCUGCUACCGCCACCACAAAGAAAAACAAAAAGCGGAAGCGCGGCAAGGUCAAAAAGAAUAAGGCCAACGCCGGGGAAGAGCCGAUCGAUCUACGCAAGCGAACGUGGGACGUCGUCGACACCGGUCUGUCGAGUCUAGACUACGGCGAGGAAGAGCAGGAGCCGGUCGCCGCCAGCACAAUACAGCGUCGUCGCAUUUCCUAUGACGACUGA